ACAACUUCCGGGUGACGUUGCGAGAGGCGUAUUUGGCGGGUGGGGUUUGAAUCGUCGAGUUUUCUUGUUAGCUACAGAACAUUCUUAGGCCUGCGUGAACAACGAACUUUUGCUGGCGUGAAAUGUUGAAUAUUUACUUAGACUAUUUCUCAUUUUAAAAUUAAAUACUAAGUCGAUCGAAAGCGAAUGUGAAACUUUUUCGCUAGCGGUCAAGCUAGACUGCUAACAGUUUUACGCCAUGUUAUAUUUCUGAUCAGACGCCACCCUUCAUCUACACUGCAUCUUCCAUCUGGGAAGAAAAUGGCGAACCCCGCUUUAUUGCAGAAGAAGAAAGGGAAAUAUCUCUGGUUUUCUUUGCUUGGACUGGGAUUUCAGCCUGACACUGCGAUAUCUUCUCUCGCCAAAGUCAACAUUAAUGUUAAACACAUCCACCUUGGACCGAAUAUGUUUGACAAACCAAACAAAGACGCUUCCUACAUAGUCAUCCACUUCCUGUUGGUGAAACUCAACCCAACUCGAUUUCAGGAGACCUACAGGCAUUGUUGGCCUGUUCUCAACCACAAAGCAGACGCUGAGUUCCGUAAAGUUACAUGUGCUUGGCUAAAGGAAAUAAUGGAUGAAAUUGCAAAUGCAGGAUCCAAAGUGGGCGCAUCACUGUUCUUGUCUCCCGGAGGUCCAAAGUUUAUCGGCUUGAUGCUUCAGUUGGCUAACCACGUCAUGCUUCAGGAAAUGAAAACAUUUACCACAGAUGGCAGUUGGUUUCCUGAAACUGCAUCAGUGCCAGCUUCCUCUUUGGACAUGGCUACGAAGAGACUUAACCUGACCACUAAAAGAUUUUUGAAAACAUCGGUGGAUCAGGACCAUUUUCUCCAAGAGUACCAGAGACGAGCCCCGCUACUUGUCAGGUCUUUGAGGGACCUGAGGGAAGAGAGUGCCAACUACAAUGAGUCUUUAAAGCGUUACAGCAGUGAUUCUGAGCAGGAACAGGUGUGUUCUGCAGCUGAAAAGAUCAGAAAGGUGCGCUCCCUGUGGUCAGACAUUGAUUGGAUGCUGUCUACUAUAAAAGAUGAAAAAAAUGCAAUGGAAAGUGUUCUGUUAGGAGACGUAGACCAAUACAUCUUGGAUGGAACAGAUAGAGUUCUCAAAGUUCCCCGCUGUCUGCUGGAGAGAAUUGAGCGGCUUCCACAUCAGUUGAGUUCUGGGAACAUGUACGAGACCGGUCAGCUGAACCUCCUGUGUGUGUUGGAGCUGGUGACACACGCUCUGCAGAUCCUCACAGAUGAGCGACGUGGGGUCUCCAUUCCCACUAGGUCUGAGCUUAGUUCUCAGCAUCUACAGGAGAAGUGUCAGCAGAUGGCAUGUGUGCUGCAGGACCUUUAUUUUAUCAGACAGAGAAUUUUUAAAGAGGAAAUUCCUAAAGUCAAAAAAACCCUUACAGACAUGGAGGCAGAGUGGGACAGGAAGUGGAUGAAUACUCUCAAAGACGCACCACUUGUGAGCUUUUUGAAUGAAGAUCCUGCUCUCGGAUUCCUGUCUCCUAUGGCUCCAUUAUCCUUUAAGCGUGCAGCAGAGGCCACUUACAGACAUUGUGUCUUUUCAAAGUACCCAGCUAAACUUCUUGAGGAGAAGUCUGCAGAAAGUCAAGUACAAGAUGUCGUCAACCUAAAUUUAUCAAACCAUAAAAGGCCUGUGUCUGCUAGAGCUGAGAGUCCUGGUGUCACUGAAGUUUCAUCACAAGCGAACAGAUCCCUUGAUUGGUUUUUUGAUACUCCUCUGACGCCUCCUCUAAGCACACCAUCUGUGCCCUCUCCUCAGGCAACUGUAAAGAAGACACCUGGACGUCUUCAGCCAAAAAUGGCUUCUCUGAGGACCAAAGCUCAGAUCAUAGACAUUGAGUGUGAUAACCUCGCUGAUCAGUUUGCAGAUGCUGUGACCACAAGUCCAAUAGAAGGCAGGGUGAAAGGUCUGGAUUUGGAGGGGCUUCUUAACACUCUUCAAGGAGAUCCCUUCUCUACUAGAAAGCAGCUGCCGCGUACACCCGAAAGUUUGAUUUUGGAUGUGAAAAACUCAUGGCGAAAGGCUGUGAAGGAAGACGAAGCGGAAAAAAUGCGUCAAGCCCAGAAAUUUGACGCAUGUACGAAGCAAUCGUUUCUUUCCAUGGGCAUGUCUUGCAAUGUGUCCCUGAGUUCUGGUGACCCCUCAAAAAGUGUCUCUGACAGUAUUGUCCCUACUGUCCUGAGCUACAACAAUUCUCCUGUAUGCCAGCAAGGCUCUUCACCAAGGUCCACUCUGCUGUGGGACACCACUGACAGCCACAGUUGCACUGAAAGCAGUGCGGUCCAGUUCAGUCUUGACCACGAAACACUUCCUGAAAUGCCAAGCUGUGACAGUAUACUUAGCCUCGACAAUGAAGCUGUAGAGAUGAGUGAGGAAGAGGGUGAGGAAAGCAAGCUCCUUCUCCCUUCCCUGGGGAGUGAAGUAAGGCAGCCACGAGGGAGUAUGGCUAGUUAUGUGUUUGACACACAACAGUUGUAUGACGAUGGGUCCUUCAUUGACGGCAAGGCUGGAGCUACAGAAUGUCUUCUUUUGGGACACGAUGAAGACUGGCUCUUGCAACCUGUAGAUUCAGUGAAGGCCUCAGAAAAGGUCUUCACACUCGACCUUGACACAUUGGAGACCCCACUGUCCCCAAACAAACAGGAGUACAGUCUCCCUAAACUUAUCUCAUUCUCCCCCAUUGAUGACAUGAAAUGUUAACCUUGUGCACAUAUACUCACACGUCUGUGUUAUCGUCUUAAAUGUUUUUGUCUUAAGAUCUUAAUAGAAUUUUAAAACUACAGAUAUUUGUUAAAAUAUUUGUACAUAGCUUUGAAAUAACUUAUAGCUGUUAGUCUAGUUCUCUGCUUGAGUUUCAGUUUUUAAAUCGAAACAAUUCAUGAUGAACUUAAAUAAAAAUGUUUUUGCAAAUUUUUCGCAAACUUUGGGACAGUCACUCAACCUUUGAGUUACAGCUAAAAAAAAAGGCUUUGUGUAUGUAAAUAUACAGCGCUUUUGUUUGUGGGUUCUACAAAUGUCUUUCAUUAAAUUUUAACUUUAUGAUGUUAAUGUAUUUCUUAUACUUGUUUGUGACAAGAUCGGAGGUUUAACUCUAUCGAUUAUAGCACAACAAAACGUCAGCUGUAAAUUAAGCUUUACUAGGAUGUGGAUGUGACACGAACUGAGAGAAUUUAGUGUUCGACAGAAAUGUUCAAGCAGUGGAGGAUUUACCAACAACUACUCGUUGUAUUUGGUACAAAUGCAUUUCCCAUUAUCUCACAGCAGAGGGAGCUAGAAACUACAAGUAUUCCAUAACGCCAAGAGGCAUCAAUAAGUAAAGUAGCGAAUACGCUAGACAGGAUGUGAAGCCUUCACAAUAAACACUCGGUUGUACAAGAGCGAAA